ACAGUUUGUCAUUCCUAGGAAACCAGAAUUCGAGCAGUGGAUAAGGACUCCAAGGGAAGAACUGAUAACUUCUCUGUUAUCAACCCCGUGUCUGGAGAGGCUGUGACGCAACUUUUUGCUACUGACACUAGGGAAGAAUUCCGUCAGUGGAUAGAGGCUUUCUGGCAGCACUUCUACAAUCUGAGCCAGUGGAAACAUUGUUGUGAAAAACUUAUGAAAAUUGAGAUUAUGUCACCACGGAAACCACCUUUGUUCUUGACAAAAGAAGCGACCUUCAGCUACCAUGAUAUGAGCAUUGAUUCUCCAGUGAAACAUGAGGGCUUAACUGAUACCAUACAAAGAAAAAUCGAAGAGAGUGAUGGCGAGUUCCUGCUUGGCCAGCAAAAGGAGUCUGCAUCUUCCUUAUGGGCUUCACUCUUUGAUGGAUCUCAUGAGAUUGUUGUUCAGAAAAGCAUGCAUCCAGACUCAAAAAGAGAUACUGCAAGUCCUAAUGAUAGCAGAGGAAAGAAAAGAAGAGCUCCACCUCCACCCUCUGAUAAGUCACCAUACAGUGCAAAAGCACAGGUGAACACAGAGCAGUUGGGCAAGGAAAACCAGGAGAAGGCUGACUGCGCAUCUGCUAGUAGUUCUUCCUUAGACUCAGAGAUACCCACAAAAAUGCAGCGCUUGCAGGCACCCACUGCUGCUCCUCGCAGACUUGGUCCUUGUAGAAAAAACAGUUUAGCUGACCAUGAGAAUUCCAUUUCACUGGUUACCAAGGCUGAGUCAGAAACCAAACCAGUAGCAAGCCCUACAUGUAAAUGGAUUACAGAAAUGCUGCACCCUAGAUCAUGGUUCCAGCCAUAG